AAUAACUAGCUCCAUAUACAUUAAUUUGUUAAGAAAUAUCGUUUUAAUAUAUUUUAUUUUAUGAAAAUGAAUUGAUUUUUACUUAAGUAAAAUAUCUAUACUUUUUACAUGUAAUACAAAUUUAUUGUUGAUGUACAAUAUGUACUUGCAAUUAAUAUCAAUGUGUUUACCUACCUAUGACAGGUAGUUUUUAUACUACAAUUUUAAUUAAAAAAAUGUAGUAAUAUUUAAUGCAUUAUGUUAAAUUAUGUUGGGAAAUGUUUGUCAUGUUUUAUAUAAUAUUACUGGUGUUAACAAAUAUAUUAAAAAUAAGUUAUUCUAUCGAUGUUCCUUGUGAAAAAUCAAGAACUAUUCUUACUCAAGCUAGUGGUGUCAUAACACAUGGGCCUCCAGGAACUAAUUAUUCACAAAAUACACAUUGCGAAUGGUUAAUAAAAGCUAAUAGCACAAAUCAAUUUAUAACAUUGGAAUUUAAAACAUUAAAUACAGAAUGUUCAUAUGACUACAUAUUUGUUUAUGAUGGAGACUCAUUUAAUUCACCUCUUCUUGGAAGUUUUAGCGGAAAAAAUCAGCCACAGUCUAUCUUAGCUUCAUCUGGUUUUAUGUUAAUUUUACUAUUCAGCGAUACAAAUUAUGCCUUAGAAGGUUUUGAAGCAGUCUAUUAUGUUUCUGAUUGCCCAAGAAAUUGUUCAAGUCAUGGAUUUUGUCUAAGAAACUUUUGUGUAUGUGACAAUGAGUGGGGUGGACCUGACUGUGGAACAGAACUAUGUCCAGAAAAAUGUGGUGAACCGCACCGAGGUAUAUGUAAACAAGGCCGAUGUCAUUGUCAUCAAACUUUCUCAGGAAUGGGUUGUACAUUAAACAAUACUGAUUCAACUGGAAAUAGAUGGCAUGAUUUAUAUCAAGGAGGAAUACAUCCAAGAGUUGCUCAUUCGGCCGUAUAUAUCAGUGAAACAGAUUCCUUAUAUGUUUUUGGAGGUUAUGAUUUAAAUAAUGUUUUUGGUGAUCUUGUAGUUUUUCGUUUUAAUACUUCUACUUGGUAUGACUACAAUGAUAAUGUCAUAGACCCUUUGCAUACAUCAGUAAAUUCAAUUGGAUCAGCUACAAUAAAUGCAUUAAUGACUGCAAAAUUAAGUGAAACUAAAAAUCUAACCAAUAGAUCAAAGUAUUUUUCUAGUGACUCAAAACCUAUUAAUUUAGGUGAACAAAAACAAAAUAAGCCAUGGUCAGCUGUACUUCAUGAUAUUUUUGUAUCCCUAGCUGAUGAUUCAACAUUUCUUGAACAACAAAAUGGGAAUAUUCGAUACUCACCUAAUGAACGUAUCAAAGAAAAUAAUGAUUAUUUAAUGGAUGAAAUUAAAAACAAAAGAAUACCAGCUCCUCGUUUUGGUCAUGCGGCAGCCAAAUAUCCUGGUGGAUUUCUUUUGUACGGUGGAAAAUUAAAAAAUGGUCUUCUCUCAGAAGAAUUAUGGUUUUAUAAUAUUUAUUCAAAGAUGUGGUCAUUACGUGCUCAAAAUUCCAUUAUUCAACCACCUGCUGUUACACGGCAUACCUUAACAUAUGUAGAACAGACUAAUAGUGUAUAUUUAGUUGGAGGAAGUACUAGUAAAGGCUAUUUUUCGUCAAAAAUAUUUUGUAUAAACCUAAGUUCAGAUAUUGUAAAUGAACAAUGGAAAGAAGUAAAACCUAGAGGUGGUAAAGAAUUAAAUUAUCGUGUUGCUGGUCAUUCGACCGUUUACGAUGCUCGAACACAAUCACUAAUUAUUUAUGGUGGAAUCGUAACUAGUGCAUCUUGGUUUUCAAAACUAAGUGAUCGAAUGUUUAUAUUUAAUAUUCCAUCACGACACUGGUCAGAAAUAAAAUUUCCUUCUACUAAUGUACCAACUGAACGUGCUUUUCAUUCUGCCAACAUUAUGGGAAACUAUAUUGUUGUUUAUGGUGGUUAUACUCACAGGCAUGCAAAAGAAGAAAUUUGCUAUGAUAAUGAGAUUUAUUUAUACCAUCUUGGUUGUCAUACUUGGCUUAGUCGAGAUGUCCUUGGUGUUUCAAUUAAAGAAUUUAUUCAUAAAAAAUCCAAUGGGGUAUUUGGUCAUACAUCUGAUGUUCGUAAUGGAAAUACUUUAAUUGUUUUUGGUGGAUAUCGAGGAAAUAUUAUUUCUGAUUUACUAGCAUUUGUUUUACCUCCAACUUUAGUUCCACCAGGCAAUGACUCUUAUCAUUUAGAACUUAUGUGUUCAAGACAUAAAGGUCUUCAAGAAUGUACUGCAAAUCCUGAAUGUGGAUGGUGCUCAUCUGAUGAUACAUGUUAUGGUCGUCAUGGUGGUAUAAAUUGUACAACAAAUUUACAAACUACUCGAUGUCCUGGUAUAUGUCAAUCAUUGACUGAUUGUCAUUCAUGCCUAGUUCAUGGAGAAAGUUCUGCUUACAAUAAUAAUCAAUCGUCUAUUUCUAUAGCUCAUGUAAUGCAAUUAGGGCGCUGUGUUUGGUGUAUACAAGAUGGGCGCUGUCACCAUAAGAAUGAUAAUUAUGAAGUUUGCGGUUUGCAUAAUAGCAUUUACAAUAGCGGUGGAAUAGAAGUUUCAAUUCCAGAUGAUUGUAGAUCAUUAGAUAGGAGAUUAGGAUUAACAUUUUUUAAAUAUCUACAUCCUGUUAAUUUUUCACAACCAGAUUUUGUAUCUAUUAUCAAUGUAAGUGUAAUUGAUAUUUCAUCAUAUUUACCAAUGUCACGUACUGAAUUGUCAAUUGGUGGUACAAUGGUUGUUAGACUAUCUGGAUUUUUGCGAUUUCCACAAGUUUGGGAUAAUCAUAAAGAUCAGUUACAAUUAUGUUCACGAUUUACUACCACUAAUCUUAUUAUGACAUCUCCCUAUAUGUACCAACCAGAAAUCAAUAUAACAUCAAAAAAUGAAGAUUGGCAAUGUUUACAACUAUCAUCUUGGUCUACUGAAGAUCAACCUUUUCAUGCUCCAGAAAGAUAUCUUUUAGAUUUAUCAUGUACUAAAAAUAUAUCAAUUACUCAAAAUGUUGGUGCUGCUCUUGUAGAGUUACAACAUAAUAGGGGACAUAAUAAUUCCAAGCCAUUUACUAUGGAAUACCUUGAGCCUUAUCAUAGUAGAGAUAGUUCAACUUGUGCUGGAUAUCACAGUUGCUUAAUUUGUGUUAGUGAUGCUAAUUGUGCUUGGUGUGAUGUGAAGUCAAUAUGCACUACUAGAAACCAAACAGACUCAGAAUUCUGUCAUGAUGACAAUGAUGUAUCUGAAUGGAAAUACUUAGUAAUAUCUCCACAAAUGUGCUCUAAUUGUUCUAAUUAUGUUGAUUGUAUUGAUUGUGUUGAAAAUGAUUAUUGUGAAUGGUGGAGCCAAGAAGCUAAAUGUGAAAGACGUGGAAGGUUAUCAGAUGGAGUAAUUUUUGUAGAUUUAUGUCCUAGUCCAUGUUCUGAUAGAUACUCAUGUUUUGAUUGCCUAGAUAGUGGUCGAUGUGUUUGGUGUCGUGCUACUAAUGAAUGUUUUCAUUUUUCUGAGUAUACAUCAGAAUAUCAAUUUGGUCGAUGUAGAGAAUGGAUAGAUCGUAAUGUACACUAUUAUGGUUUGGGACAAAUUCAAGUUGAUAAUGCUAUAUCUACUUGUACAUCUUGUGAAAAAAAUACCAAUUGUUCUAAUUGCUUAAAAACCCUUGGUUGUGGUUGGUGUUAUGAUAGCAAUAAUCCAAUCCAGGGAAUUUGUACAGAAGGUGAUUUUAGCAGUCCAUUUAUAGGGACAUGUUCAUAUGUAAUGAGUAAUAGUACUUAUGAGGAAGACAGUAGUUGGGCAUAUGCACAAUGUCCAGAUGUUGAUGAAUGUGGACUAGGUUUGCAUGACUGUCAUAAAGAAGCAAAGUGUACUAAUACUCAAGGAUCUUAUAGUUGUCAAUGUAAAAGAGGUUUUAUUGGAGAUGGAAAACAUUCAUGCACUAGAACGUGUUAUCAUAAAUGUGUAAAUGGCUAUUGUAUUGGUGCUCCUGAUUAUACAUGUAAGUGUGAUCUUGGGUGGACAGGACCAGAUUGUGCGAUUAAUUGUGGAUGUAAUAAUCAUUCAACUUGCAAUGAAAAACUAGGAAUUUGUGAUCAGUGCCAAGAUUGGACUACUGGAUUGUUUUGUGAAUUUUGCAAAGCUGGGAGCUACGGCAAUGCAACGUCAAUUGAAGGAUGUCGUAAAUGUGAUUGUAAUGGACAUGGAGAUGAGCAACUUGGUAUUUGUGACUCUUCAACUGGAAAAUGUUAUUGUAAACAUUUUACUGAAGGAAAUAAUUGCCAUCAUUGCAAAAAAGGAUUUUUCGGAGAUCCUAAAAAUGGAAAUGUUUGCUAUCAUCAAUGUAUGGCUCGAGGUAUUUUGACUGGUAUGGGUCCUCAAGGAUUUGGAUCUAAGUCUGUAGAAGUUAGUGCGUGGGAAACACGAUUAGAAGGUCCACCAUCAAAAGAAUGUCUAUGGAUUAUUGAUCCUGAAAAUAUGAAAAAUAAUUCAACUGCUAUAGGUUCAUAUGUUAUUCAAUUAACAAUAGAUAAAGAUAUUAAUGUUCCUUGUAAUAUGAAUAGUGUUUAUGUUUAUGAUGGACUACCAAAUUUUGUUUCUAUAUCGAGAACUCACCCAGCUCAUUCUCUUGGUGUAUUUUGUACAAGAGAUUCUCAAUAUCCCUUAACUAUCGAAGCCAUAACUGGUGUAAUGACAGUUUAUUAUAAACAGUCAGAGUCCUUUGAAGGAUUCAAUGCCACUUACAUAGUGUUUAGUUGUCCUGAUAACUGCCCAUCAAAUCGUGUAUGUCACAAUAAUCAUUGUGUAUGUCAAGAAGGAAGUACUGGGGUUUUUUGUCAAGAUUUAAUAUGUCCUAAUAAUUGUAAUCACAAUAAAGGUCAUGGUGUUUGUGAUCACGAGUAUGGACGAUGCAUCUGUGAAAACAAUUAUGAAGGAGAAGAUUGUUCUAUAUCUGUACCAAUUUCUAGCCAUUUGCGACAACCUCUUAUUUUUACAGAUUUAUUUAAUUCUGCUCAUGUAUCAGAUAGUUUAGACCAUUUACGUCAAACAUUACCUAGAUUUGGUCAUUCAGUUGUAGCAACCAGGCGAGGUCAGUUAUGGCUAUUUGGAGGAUAUUCAUUAUCACAUGGUCCUCUUAAUGAUAUUAGAUUGUUUGAUUCAAAAAAUAAUUCAUGGAUGCAGGUCACAGUUGAUGGUACCAAUGAUGCUCAUAUGCCACAUGGUAGAUAUUUUCAUGCUGCAGAAAUUGUGCACUCAAGAAGAGAGAUAUUUGUUUUUGGUGGCUUGACACAAAUUCAAACUCAAUUUGGUAGAACAAUAAAAUAUUCAAUGAAAGUUUUAUCAGAUUUUUGGAAAUUUAGUCUAAAAGAUCAACGAUGGAUUAAAAUACAAACCAAUAAUGAUCCACCUCCACUUGCUGGCCAUACUUUGACUUUUAGAUCUGUUGGAGAAAGAGAAAGUCUUAUAUUAAUUGGUGGGUUCAGUCCAGAUAAUGGCUUCUUAGAUUGUGUUUGGGAAUAUGAUCUUCAAGUUGAGAUUUGGAUACAAUUUAAAAUAAAUGGUUAUGGACCAGCUGGAAUUUAUGGACAUAGUACCGUGUACCAUGGACCAACAGAUAGCCUAUAUGUUUUUGGAGGAUAUAUCUACUCUGUUAAUCAAACUAUAAUGACCGAUAAAUUAUUUAUAUUUAACUAUGAAAAACAGAUAUGGUCAGUAUUACCCAUAUUUAAGGAUUACAAUCCUCCAAAAAAUAGUUUGCCUAGAGGACGGUUUUUACAUUCAGCUGUAACUACAGAUGAGUACAUGUUUGUUUUUGGUGGUCGAACAGACCCUCCUAGUACAAACGAUACUUUAAUUGCAUAUUCAUAUUCUUGUAAUCAAUGGAUACGUCUACUUACACAGGAUAUAUAUAUUAUUGGCUUACCUCCACCUCUGACUCAUGCUCAUGCUAUGACAUUGGAUAUUGACACUAAUGCAAUGUACAUUCUUGGAGGGUUUGCUGGUGAUAUUCAAUCGCGUGUAACUCGUAUACAAUUACCUUAUGAUUUAUGCAAUCUAUGGUCUGGAAAGCGUGAUAAGUGCAGGUCACUUGUUGGGUGUUCAUUUUGUCAAGUGAUUGGAACCAAUGUAAGUUAUUGUUUUACUCAUCUUGGUCCAGGAUACAAUCCAUGUGUUUCAACCAAUGGCACUUCACGAACUAACAAUGGAGUUUCUUGUAAUGCUAAUUGGAUUUCAAGUCGUUCAUGUGAACAGUAUACUUCAUGUACAGACUGUUUAGCUGUUUGGCCAAAUAAUUACCUAGAAAAUCCUAAUGUUUGUACGUGGUGUGCUAAUUGUGGUAUAAAAGGACAGUGUGUAAAAGAUCCUUCUAGCUGUGACAACCAAUGUAGAAUUAUAACUAAAGUUGAAAUGUGUCCAAAUAUUCAAUGCAUGGCAACAGAUUGUGAAAAAUGUUAUGAGCAAGGCAAUUGUUUAUGGACUCGGCAAGUUCAUAAAUCAGAAUUGGGUACACUUUUAACUGGUGAGUCAGUAUAUGAUUGGAGUUGCACUAAUCAAGAUCUUAACCAGCGCUCGAGUAUAAAAAUUAGAAACUCGUCAGUUUGUCCAGAUCGUUGUUCUGCUCACAAAAGCUGUGAAACUUGUUUAGCUUCUCAAGGUGGUGAAGGAGGCUGGCAUGAGUGUCAUUGGUCAAUAACACUAAAUGAAUGUAUAUCUCCAAGUUAUCAACCAUUAUAUUGUGCUGGAGGAGUUUGUGGACUUGUCUUAAGUGGUGGCAAUGUUGAACGUUGCCCUCAACCUUGUUCCAGCUAUAAUCAGUGUUCAACUUGUUUACAUCAUACACACUGUGGUUGGUGUGCAUUUAGCUUACCCAAUAAAACUGGUCAGGGAAUUUGUACUGAAGGUUAUAUGUCUAGUCCAGCUUCUGGACCUAAUCAUUCCUGUCAAGAGUUAUUCAAUCAAAUGAAUACUGAACCUAUUAUGUUACGUUAUAAAAGUUCAGAAUCUGAAGAACUUGAUUUUUCCAAAGAAAAUCAUGAAGAUUCAACAUCCACUGAUGUAGUUUUAUUAAACUCAGAUCUAAAUUUCAAUCAUUCUAUAGCGUGGUACUAUAUAUCUUGCCCCCCCGAAAAUGAAUGUGAAAAUGGUCACCAUAGUUGUGAUGAAGAAAGUGAAGAAUGUGUUGAUAUAGCUGAGGGAUUCCAUUGUGUUUGUGGUAAAGGUUAUGAGCCUAAUAUGAAUUCACUAUGUAUACCUAUAUGCUCUCAAGGUUGUGUGCGAGGUGAAUGUAUCAAACCAGAUGUUUGUCAAUGUGGUUUUGGAUAUGUUGGUUCUAAUUGUACUAUUCAGUGUGAAUGUAAUGGACAUUCUAACUGUGCUGGUCCUGAUAAACUUACUGAAUGUUUAAGUUGCCAAAAUAAUACUCAAGGUCCUCAAUGUCAGCGUUGUAAACCAUUAUUUGUAGGAAAUCCAGUUGAUCAUGGCCAUUGUAUACCUUGUUCAGAAUACUGUAAUGGACAUGCUCAUAUAUGUGUAGAUAAAAAUGAAUCUGAAUCAAUCGAUUCAUUUAACUAUCUUAAUGACCCAAGUAAUAACUUGCUUCAAAAUGAUGGACCACUAUCUGAUGCCUAUUGUAUCAACUGUAUGGAUAAUACAACUGGAUCAACUUGUUCAGGUUGUUUACCUGGUCAUUUUAGAGGGUCUUCAGAUGAUCGAGAUCCUUGUAGGCUUUGUGAAUGUCACGGACAUGGACAUACUUGUGAUCCAGUUACUGGUGAAAAAUGUGAUUGUCAAAAUAAUACUGAAAGUGAUACUAACUGUCAAUCUGGAGGAGUUGCUAAUCAUCGAACAUCUAAAAAUAAUGUGCAGUUAUGUUGGAUGCAUCAAUGUUCAAAGUGUAAGGACUCAUACAUGGGAACACCAACAGAUGGUCAUCAAUGCUAUAAACAAAUGAGUGUUGACUCAAGGUUUUGUCUUGAUGCAAAAUUGCUUGAAGAAUGUAAAAUGAAGCCUAAUCCACUUUAUCCUGGACAAACGUCAUUCUUUGUUGUUCAACCACGGUUUAUGAAUGUUGACAUAAGAAUAACUGUUGAUAUAACCCAAGGUGCAGUUGACUUUUUCUUAACAUCACAUGAAGACAUAUUUAUAGUUACCAAAAAUGCAACUUUACAUAAAGAUGUUUUUGACUUUGAUCCAAGGUUUGAAUGGUUCAGUGAAAUGGAAACAUUAGAAAAAAUAAAUACAGGAGUGCAUAAUUCAACAAAAAAUUCAAAACAUAUUUUUACAUACCAAGAACAUAAAACUAAAGGCUUGUCCACCUAUGUAACCAUGAAAAAAAGUAUUUCUUUAUUGAUUGUAAAAAAUGUUAACAACAGGUUGAUUAUCACACUUCCACAUGACAAGCAUGAUUUAUCAGCAACAAGAUAUUAUAUGGCUUUGUUAGCUAUUUCUUCUCUUCCAGUUCAAGCAACACAUAUUGUGCCAGUUCCAACAUAUGGAACAGUAUUUUUUAGACAGGAUCAGCUACAUAUUGAUCUCUUUGUAUUUUUUUCGGUAUUUUUUUCAUGUUUCUUUUUGUUUCUUGCUGUAUGUGUUGUGGGAUGGAAAGCUAAACAAGCGGCCGAUAUGCGUCGUGCUCGUAGGCAACAAGUUGUAGAAAUGCUUCAUAUGGCUAAAAGACCGUUUGCAUUUGUAGCUAUUAUUUUAAAUACAUCUCAACAGCCAGAAUCCAGCCAAUAUACUAGAUUAUGUGAUAUUAGACCUUUAGCUAUAGAGCCCACAAGUGAUACCAAUGCUGCUGUUACAACAUUACUCAUUAAGUUACCUGAUCGAGGGAAUUCAACUGGCACAAGAUUAGCACUUGGUUCUACCCUUGUUCUCAACAUGAUUAAUCCUAGAGGAGGCUAUUCAACAAGUGCACAUCGACUUCAUAUAAGUGGUCCUAGACAUAGAAGAAAUGUACUCCAGUGAUUAAUCAUCUCUUAGAUAUGAUCAAAAUUAACAGUAUUAUUAACUUUAAAAAAAAAUUUUAUAUUUAA